AUGGUAGGGAUUGGGUUCGGACUUAAUCUUGAUUACCGCAGAGUACGGAUUCACCCAAACCCGAAUAAAGAGAUGGAGGAAGAUCUUAUUGUCACAUGGCUCGCCAAUGUCGACUAUAAAGAGGAUUCCUAUCGGAUUCGCAAAGAAAUGAAAGAUCUGCAACAAGAGCUGGUGGUCCUGCAGAAUUGCGUUGCAGUCCUUGAAUGCAAGACAAACGACGCAUACCACGAAGCCUUCAGCUACUGCACAACCUAUAUUGACAAAGUCGACUUGGCGACGUACUGGGAGAUCGCCCAGGACUUUGUUAAGAUCUACCAAUCAUACCUCGAAACCGGAGAUAAACAUCGACUUUUCAACGAAUGUCAUGAGCGGCCUGAUCUGAAUUGGAAACAUGCAACUUGGAUCCGCAUGUUUGUUCUUCUUACCUUUGGGCCCGGCUUGGAGGAAGUAUACUCGCCUUGUUUUGUUGAAGGCAGAUUUCUCGCGACCCACAUUACAAGCCAAGGGAUGAAAGAAUUCCCACAGGUGUCAUCAAAAAUACGGCUUUCAGCAAGGUACCUGCUAAAGUCCGUGUUCCGUAUAUCGGCCGUUGAGGCGUGGGUGGACAAAGCCGUCUGGUUGAAAGCGCGCGACAAGGUACUGAAAUGCCAGAAGAACCGGAUAAGGGACGAUUAUCUUGAAAAGAUCUCAUAUUUAGACAUGUCGGAUGAAGGUUUGGAGCAGUUGAUUGUGGACGACGAUACCCUCUUUCUUGAGGACUUCUUUGUCAACAUCUGA